CUAGUAGUCACAGAGCAACGUAAUCGGGGAUGGGCGUGGCGGACGGAGGUCGGCUGGGUGUCAUGUGAUCACGUCUCCGCUUCACAAGCUCUGGUCGGUGUGCACGAGUCAACGCCGCUGCAGCCGCCGCCUGGCUACGAUGGAUUUCCUAUUAGGCAACGCGUUCGCCACCCCGGUGGGACAGCGGAUAGAAAAGGCAACAGAUGGAUCUCUACGUUCUGAAGACUGGGCCCUGAACAUGGAGAUAUGUGACAUCAUCAAUGAGACGGAAGAAGGGCCUAAAGAUGCAAUCCGAGCUCUGAAGAAGAGGAUUGUGGGAAAUAAGAAUUUUCAGGAGGUGAUGCUGGCCUUAACGGUACUGGAGGCUUGUGUGAAAAACUGCGGCCACCGCUUUCAUGUAUUGGCAGCUCAGCAGGAAUUUGUGGAGGGGGUGCUAGUGAAGACUGUCCUGCCUAAAAACAACCCCCCAGCCAUAGUCCAAGAUAAAGUGUUCAAUUUGAUACAGGCAUGGGCAGAUGCUUUCCGCAGCAGUCCGGAUCUAACAGGGGUGGUCGCUGUCUACGAGGACCUGAGGCGGAAGGGGCUUGAGUUUCCAAUGACUGAUCUGGACACGCUGUCUCCUAUUCACACUCCCCAGCCUAGUUCUGUCAAACCUGAAGUUGUUCCGAGACCGGAUUUGCCACUUCCUGAUACCUUUCAAAGAGGUGGUUCAGUAAGUCGCUCUGCGCCGCCGCCUCCUUACGUGAGUCAGGCUCCGUCAGGCGAUGCUCCAAUAAUACCCACAUCUGAACAGAUAGCGAAGCUGCGCAGUGAAUUAGAGGUGGUGAACGGAAAUGUCAAAGUCAUGUCGGAGAUGUUGACCGAAUUGGUUCCACAGAAGGCAACACAGUCUGAUUUGGAGUUGCUGCAGGAAUUGAACCGUACGUGCCGAUCCAUGCAGCAGAGAGUCCUGGAGCUUAUACCUCGAGUGACCCACGAGCAGCUCACAGAGGAGCUUCUUAUUGUCAAUGACAACCUUAACAAUGUUUUUCUUCGCUAUGAGAGGUUUGAGAGAAUGUACGCUGGUCAGACCGGUAGAGCGGCAGAACACCAGGUCCAAAGCAACAGAGACGCCUCCCCAUCACUUAUUGAACUAGAGACAGCUGCUCAAGCACCGGCUUCCUCUCUAUCUGCACAACUGGCCAGUAUCGAGAUGAGUUCUGGGUCUGUGAGUGGAACACUGAAGACUCUGGAACAAGGAAAGAAGCCAGAAGAUGAUUUCGAUAUGUUUGCACUGACUAGAGGGAGCUCCCUGGCCGAGCAACGCAAAAGUGUUAAAUAUGAGGAUCCACAGGCGGCAGAUGGACUUGCAGUAGCCCUUGAUACUCGGCAGCAGAACACUGGUGCAAUUCCAGCCCCUCAGACCAACUUCAUGGAGGACAUUGAAAAAUGGCUGUCUGUCGAUGCUGAAGAUGAGAAUGAGGGGGAAGAGGGUGUGACCAGUGAAGAAUUUGAUAAAUUCCUAGAGGAGCGAGCAAAGGCAGCAGACCGAAUUCCACCAUUGCCUUCUCCUCCCACCGAUGCCCCUCGAGUCUCUUCCAGUACUGGGCGGAAUAAGAAAGAGAACGGUGAAGACGCUCUCUUUGCCUUGUGAUUCUCUGAAGUUUCAGUCUGGAGCUUAUGGACAUCUCAGUUGUAAAAAUGUCACAGGCAGAGUGAAAAUUUCCUUUUGGAGACUCUUCCGAGACAAAGAAAAAAAUGUUUCCUGUGGUACUAGGAUCUUUUGGAGUAUGGAUGCCAUGAGCAGUACCAGACCACACCGCUGUUUUUUUCUGAUUUGAAAUCUCUUGUUAGCUUUGAUGGCUACAUUUCCUGAUGCCUCCUCAUACUGUAGACCUUGUUGGUUGGAGCUUUGCUUUCUUCUUGUGUUACCAGAUAACUAUCUGAAGUGGAGCCAUUUUUUAGCACUACAAACCUGAAGCUGUCUACACAUGCCUCCGACAGAUACACCAUCCACAUACCAAUUGCACUACUGGAAGGAGUAUACGACUAAGCUUGGGGUUUCUUACUACAACGAUCAGCUUGCUUAAUACCUUAAGUGCCUUCUUGGUCUUUCUUAGUCUUCUAAGAGGUUGUUCUAUGGAGUAGAGCUUGGUUUAUUCCAGGACUAUAUAUAUGUUUAGGUACAGGAAUUUGCUGCUUUUUAAAUAUAAUAAUCUCACUGUUGGAAUAAACCCAAGAGAUAGUAGCUUCAAGGUUGGUUCUAUCGUAUUUGUGCUUUGUACAAGAAAAACCCUAAAUGAUUUGAGGACUGUGGGAAGUUUAGAAGUUGUAGCUCCUCACUUCUGCUCACUAUCCUCCUCCCUACUAAAGAAAUGUCAGAAUAGAACAUAUACAGCCUUAUUGACUGAAUGAAUGAAUGAAAAUUGCUUUUUAUUGCUACACUCGCAUUGUUUUUUAUCUGAUCUUUCUAUAUCGUGGAUGAGGAAGCCAUAAUGGCUAUGGACAAUGUAGUAACUUUUUACUAUAUAAAUGAUGUAACAUAUAACACGUGUUCAGCAGUGUAAACAAUAGAUGUUUCUAUUUUGGUUGCCUUGGCUAUAUUCAGCGGCAUCUAUAAGUUUUUUUAUUAGUCAUUUCUUUUUUCAUGCUAAAUAUUUAUAGAUUUCAUUUGAAAGACGGUUUCAGCUCACCUGAGGGCAACGUGCCAGGCGAUCCCCAGUAGAACAAAGGGGAAAAGGGAGUGUUCAGCCGGAACUGUUAAAAAGACUUCUUUUAUUAUAAUCGAUUAAAAGUCCAUAUAGGAAGCCAGCUAUUUAAGAAAGCACGAUCGGACAAAAAUAGACUGGGUACAGCAUUACCGACGCGUUUCUAGUUGAAUAACCUUUAAUCGUGAUAAAUUUAUAGAUUUAGGUAUACCUAAGCAGACGAGAAGAAAUGUAGUCCAAAAGCAGUGGUUUCAAACUGUGGCCCUCCAGAUGUUGCACAACUUCAACUCCCAGCAUGCCCGGACAGCCAACGGCUGUCCGGGCAUGCUGCGAGUUGAAGUUGUGCAACAUCUGGAGUGCCACAGUUUGAGACCUCUGUCCUAAAGCUUUGUUCGCAUCAGUCGUCUGUUCCAUGAUGUCAGGGCUCUGAUAUGUGUACAGCGUUUUACCUUGAAGGUCGGGGAAGUGGUGUGCAGAUUUUUUUUUUAUGUAAGGACACAAUUUUAAGUUUAUAUGACAGAUGGAUCCAUUAUAUCUGUAAGGGCACACAACAGAUUUUAACAUGGAUUGUGGUGUGAAUUUUUCGCCACCUUGGAUUUGUCUAAUGGAACACUCUUAUGGCUCCUAUAAAGGGGUAUUCCAUGAUCAUCUUCUAUAUUAUGCUGGGAACAUUGCAUAAAAAAAACAAGUGAUACUCACCUACCCUUGUCCCCCACAGCUCCUGUUUCAGGUCCCCACUCUUCACUGCUGGUUCUUGAUGAGUCUUCUCAGUAAGACCUGCCUGCUGAGCCAAUCACUGGCUGCAGCUGUGUCCCAUCUCGGCCAGUGAUUGGCAGAGCAGGCAGGUCCUUCGGAGAUGUUUCAUUUUUGGGACCAGCAUCUGAUUAGAAGGGGGCUGUUGGGGACCAGGGUUAGGUAAGUAUCACUUAUUUUUAGCAGAACAUUUUAAGAUACCAGAAUAACCCUUUUAGAACAGGAACAUCAAUGUUAAAGAGGUAUUCUGGUAUAAUGAUCUUAUCCCUUUAUCCAGAUCCUCAGAACAAAGCCCAAACUCUUUUGAUUUGAAUAGUGGCGAGUCGUCAAAAAUCCUGUCACUCCAUUCAAUGUAUAUGGAGCUGCCAGAAAUAGCCGAGGGAGUACCCCUUUAACGUAAAUAAAGCCUUAAACAGGUCUGUCAGGUGAAUAUACUUUAUGUAACAACAGCAUAUUAAUGCUACAGACUUGUACUCAUAGUCAAAAUGGUACGAAAAAAAUCGCCAUUUGUGGAAUAGGAGCACUGUAAUAAUACAGCGGCCUCGAGUCUGUGUUCACAGAUAGAGUACUGCCCUACCUUCUCCCUUCCAAUGUUUAACUAGCUUCUGUGUACAACCUUUCAUUCACCACCCUGCAGUGUCCAGGAGAGCGCCCCCCUCAGGAAUACACCAGCCUUGUAAUCAUGAGUCGGUUGUAUUCCACAGCGUUUAAUGCCAUUUUGGCGUAUGGAGCCGUAGCUGUAAUAUGCUGCGCCUCCAUAGUUCAACCUAUUCAGCCGACAGAUCCGCUGUAACUGUACCCAUAUAUACUUAUAUGUCCUUGAAUAUAGUCAUGGCAACCGGAAUCUUUUGCCGGCCGCAUUCAAAGAACUGGACCAUUACGCAAAUAGAAAUACUUUUUAUAUUGAAAAAAAAAAUUACUUUUUAUUUUAGAAUUAAAAAAAACUGUUGCAGCUCCUAUGAUUGUAGAAUGUAACCUUGUUUAAUUUGCUUAUUGUUUUGCAUAGAUUACUGUUUAAAUCUAAGACAUUUGUAUGUUAGCGGCCCUUUAAGGCCAGCAUUUAUCUUCAUGUGUGUAUGCAGUGCAUAUAGUGGAUUCUGACCCACAGCCAGCAGAAACGAAUACUAUAUACCAGCUAGACAAGACUGAGAAGCCUAUGAUCGAUAAACCGGAAACUAAUACUAUAUACAGGGGUCAAGUCCUGAGAAAAAAGUGUGGUAAUUCCACUUGAGGGCUGCUUCUGCAGGACUCCUGCUAAUGGGAACGGUGUCCCUGCUGUGGAAAAAGUGCAGGAACUCCGUUCCCGCAGGACUUGAGCCCUGACUAUAUACCAGCUAGACAAGACUUGAUAAACUUACAAUCAAUAAACCUUAAACUAAUACUAUUUACAGGGGUCAAGUCCUGGGAAAAUAAGUGUGGGAACUCACCCAAGAUUUCCACUUGAGGGCUGCUCCUGCAGGACUCCUGCUAAUGGGAAUGGUGUCCCUGCUGUGGAAAAAGUGCAGGAACUCCGUUCCCACAGGACUUGAGCACUGACUAUAUACCAGUUAGACAAGACUGAGAACCCUAUGAUCGAUAAGCCAUCAGAACGCCUUUUAAUAAUGUGAUGUUUGCUUAAUACAGCCUCUAUAGUCCUUUCCGCUUCUCUGCACAGUUGACUUUCUACAUUUGCUGCCGUCUUUUAAAUCUCUAUGCUGUUUUUAAAAAACUAUCCAGCAUAUAGGACCGAGGGGUCACCCUGGUUUUCCGAUCAUUUUUUAGAAAUUGCGACAAAAAAAAUUUCUUUGGGAGUCUCAUUUGUUUAAACAUUACAAAUAUAAUAAAUGAAUAAAUACAUCUGAA